AUGAGUGAGAGUAGCCAGCAACCGCCAAAGGCACCACGCGCGUCCCUGGCGUAUGGCACGAGUUUUCUGAUCUUGAUACAAGUCGUGUCGCGGUUUCUCACAUUUGCCUCGAAUCAGUUGGUGUUGCGCCACUUGUCUCCAGAGAUUGUUGGUGUUGCUACCCAUUUAGAACUAUAUUACAUCACAGUACUAUACUUUUCAAGGGAGUGUGUACGAAUCGCAAUCCAAAGAGAACCCAUAUCAAAUGAGUUUGAAAGUGCUGAUAAGGAGAACACGCACAAACCCGACACGACUAAUAAGGCGGACUCGAAAAUUGUCAAAGAUGACUCUGCAUCGUCACAGACAGUGGUCAAUAUGUCGUACAUUGCGAUAGCCAUUGGUCUGCCCCUAUCCGGACUCCUGGCUUGCUUCUAUCAGUCAUGGGCGACGGGAGAAGUUCUAUCGACGCCUUAUUUCCGAGAAAGCUUACGCAUAGUCGCCCUGGCCUGUAUGGCAGAGCUAGCUACCGAACCAUUCUUUGCAGUGGUUCAGCAGCGAAUGCUCUACAAGGAACGGGCAAUCGUGGAGACCACCGCGGCUUUUGCAAGGAGUAUAGCUACCUGUGCUAUUUCUAUAUGGGCGGCAAGAGGCGAAUGGCAUGCAGGUGUUUUGCCCUUCGCCAUGGGAUAUCUCGCAUACGCUGCUGCUUUGAUCUGUGUAUACAGCUGGCAUAUGCUGGCAAAGUCAGCAAAGCAUAACUACUCAUUUUGGCUCACGUCAAUCCAGUCCAGAAAUGCUACGAAAUACAUUGCGAAUAGGUUCUCGCGCACUUUAUUGUGGUUGGGUGUCAAUCUGUACCUUCAGUUGAUUGUGAAGCACUUUCUCACGCAAGGGGAUUCCAUGAUUCUUGCCACUUUCUCGACGUUGGAAGAUCAAGGCAUAUAUUCAUUUGCAUCGAAUUAUGGCGGUCUCGUUGCGCGCAUGGUCUUUCAACCCAUUGAAGAGAGUAGUAGAAACUUGUGGUCAAAGCAGCUGAAUACAGCAGAUAAAGAUGAAAGGAAACAUAGGGCUCAGAUUGAAGCCGCAAGAUCCCAUUUGACUGAUAUUCUGCGAGCAUACGCAAUUUUAGCGUUGCUAGCCGUGGGUAUCGGUCCAGAUGUUGUCCCGAUUGGCCUCAAAACUCUCAUGGGAUCACGUUGGAUGUCGGAGAAGGUGCAAGGGUUGCUAUCGGCUUACUGCUGUUAUAUCCCAUUCCUUGCAUUCAAUGGUAUCACGGAAGCAUUCGUUUCUGCUGCUGUCAGCCCUGCAGAUAUGCGAAGGCAAGCUGCCUGGAUGACUGUUUUUACGUUGUGUUUCGGGUUGGCAUCCUACCUGCUUCUCACCGUUGCAGAACUCGGCGCCUUUGGGUUGGUGCUCGCAAACAUCAUCAACAUGUCUGUGAGAACAGUCUGGAGUCUUUCAUACAUACGAGGUUACCUGCGACAAAAUGGUUCUGGGCUCAAAGUCACCGAUUUUAGCCCCAAUGUUCAGACACUGGGCGUGCUUGCCCUUGCAGUUAGUCGUCAACUGCUUGGCUACCGGCCUUUAGGUGACGGUCUCUACGGCAUAUUGGGUAAGCUUGGGUUUGCCGCGAUUUAUGGAUUGAUAAUGUGA